CCCCCACCCCAGCCCAAUGCCAGCUGCCGUUGCCACUGCCGCUCCCGCCUCGUCUCGUCUCGUCUCGCCUCGCCCGAAAUUCGCACCGCACGGGCCCCCAUUCACCGCCAUCGACGGCGCCGGUCGAUCCCUGCCCCAAGUGGGGCCCCCUGGCCCGACCCGCCGCCUCGGGUUCGGGAUGCAAGGGUUCUUUCCAUGAUUCAUGGCCCGUUCGAAGACGCCACUCACACGGCAGUUGCAGCGCGAGCAGCGAUCAGCGGCGCGCCGGUGUCGGGGGAGCAGCCCAAGCGAGGUGCGAGGCUGUUGGUGACGGCCUGCGUGGGUCCGACGUAACGGUGAACGGGCUGGCGUGGGUAGAAAAAUGGAGAAGGGGAGGAAG